AUGCAAUCCACACGCUUAUUCUCACAAGGCCUCCGCGCCUGCAAAUCCUUUCCCAGUGGCAUAGCCACUUUGCGCACAGGAACUCGCCCAUUCUCCCAACUGAUUGCGCACCCUCCGCGGUCUUCUCCACGUCUAUAUCUCCUCAGAACCCCCGAAGUACCCGCUCUACACACAUCAAUUAAGAAGUACUCCACGUCAACAUCAGAUGGUUGCCGCCCUCUCACCGAUGUAAAAUCCGACCAAGCCUCAGAUGCAGCGAAGGAGGAGCAGAACCGAGCACGUCGCGAACAAGAACCCGCAUACCAGAUCACAUUCACAUGCAAGCCCUGCGGAGAGCGGUCGUCGCACCGCAUGUCCAAGCAGGGCUAUCAUCAUGGCACGGUGCUGAUCCGCUGUCCUUCGUGCAAAAAUCGGCAUGUCAUCAGUGACCAUCUUAACAUCUUUCUGGAGCAACGAAGUACGCUGGAAGAUAUCCUGCAGCGCGAAGGCAAGGCGCUCACGAAGGGGUACUUAGACGGGGAUGUAGAGUUUUGGGACGAUGGGACUGUGAGGAAGUCGGAUCCUCAGUGA